UUUUAUGAAUUGCGGCAGCUGCUGAGGGAGAAACUGACCCGCGGAAUCUGAGCUGACCCUGGAUCUGGAUCUCACCCGGGUUUCCAGACAGUUUUUGGAGAAGGAGGAUCAUGGGAGCGACUUUAGGCACCUUCAGCCUUCUGCACUGGGCUCAGUGUCUGUGUGGUUCUGCCACAUGCUUGACAUGUCAGUUCUGUCCAAAAUGUAAAAACUCAAUAGUGACUCGUAUUAUUUACGCCUCAAUCCUGUUAAUCGACACCAUCAUCGCCUGCAUCAUGCUGUCACCCAGCAUUGAGCGCCAAAUGAAAAAGAUCCCUGGAUUCUGUGAUGGUGUGAUGUCCGAGAUCCCAAGAGUUUUUCAGUGUGACAUUUUUGUGGGCUACAAAGCAGUGUAUCGUCUGUGCUUUGGCAUGAGCAUGAGCUUCCUGGCUUUUUGUCUGCUCACCAUCAACAUAAAGAACAGCAGAGACCCCCGAGCUGCGAUUCACAAUGGCUGCUGGUUUUUCAAAAUUGCAUUCAUUAUCGCGCUCACUGUCGGAGCCUUUUACAUACCAGAGGGACAAUUUUCCCACAUUUGGUUUGUUGUGGGUGCCAUUGGAGCUUUCCUCUUCAUCCUCAUCCAGCUGAUCCUCCUCAUGGACUUCGUGCACUCCUUGACAGAGUCAUGGAUCCACAAGAAGGAAAAUGAGAACGCAAAGCUCUGGUGUUGUGCUAUGAUUAGUGUUACGUUACUGAACUACUCUCUGGCAAUCACAGCUGUCACACUCAUGUUGAUUUUUUAUGCUCGGCCCAUGGAGUGUGUACUCAACCGCUUCUUUAUCAGCUUCAACCUCAUCCUCUGCAUUAUAGCUUCAGUCAUCUCUAUCUUAAAUAACGUCCAAAAACGUCUUCCUAGUUCCGGACUCAUGCAGUCAUCUUUCAUCAGUCUGUACACCAUGUACCUCACCUGGUCAGCUGUGACAAAUGAACCAGAAAAAUCCUGCAAUCCCAACCUGUUGAGCUUUUUCCAGCUCGUCCCCACUUCCAACAUAUCUUCGACAAACCAAACCCUUAUCAACACCCCCACCCAUCCCUAUUUCCUGUGGGAGGAUACGCAAAGCAUUGUGGGAUUGUUACUGUUUGUAUUGUGCCUUUUAUACUCAAGCAUUCGCUCGUCCAGCACCAGUCAGGUGAACAAACUCCUGCUGACUCCUACAGACGCUGGGAUGCAGGACUGCUCCACAGAAAGCCUCGAAGACUCAGAGGGUCCCAGACGGGUGAUAGAUAAUGAGGGAGACAGCGUCCAGUACAGCUACUCGUUCUUUCACCUCCAACUAUUCCUUGCAUCACUCUACAUCAUGAUGACACUCACAAACUGGUACAAACCUGAUGCUAAUCACAGUGACAUCACACAGAAGAGAGGACCAGUUUGGGUAAAAAUCUCAUCGAGCUGGACAUGUGUCUUUCUCUAUGUCAUGACUUUGAUUGGACCAAUCAUUUUCAAAAACAGAGACUUUUCAUAGGCACUUUAUCAUAGUUAAUUACAAAUAUCUUAUGGAGUAGAUUAGUUGUGCCCCACCUGUUGCAUUAGUGCCAGUGGACAAGCAACAUAUUGGGUCAUAUUGGGUCAUAUUGGGUAGUGCUACUUUGACAGCAAGUGAUGUCACAGCUAAAGUAUCAGGACCGAAAGCAAAAGGAUGGCAGUGUCAUCUAU